AUGUCAUGGGGCUAUAGCUGGCGGUCAUCCACAGGAUUCAUUAUAGCCUGCAUUAUCAUCGCCUUGUUUGCAGAAAACUUCCUCUAUGGCUUUGUCGUGCCAAUACUUCCAUACAUUCUGGAGAACCGAAAUCAUGUCGAGCCUUCCGACACCCAGCGCUUGACAUACCAAGUUCUCACCAUAUACGGUGCUGUGGCAGUGAUAUCGGGCCUCCUUAUUGGACAUUGGGCGGAUCGAAUCAAAUCCCGAAGGAUCCCUCUGAUACUCGGGCUGGGAGUAGCCUUGGUGGGAACAGUUGUGCUUGCUACAGCUACCAAAUUGCCUGGACUUUUCGUCGGACGAACGCUUCAAGCCAUUGGUGGCACGACGGCAUGGAUUGUCGGUUAUGCCACACUUAGGGACACAAUACAAGCCAAGGAUAUGGGGAAGAUAUUCGGAUUGGUGAACAGCUUCGUUAGCGCCGGCGCCCUGUCUGGCCCAGCAGUAGCGGGAUCCCUGCUUGAGUUAGCCGGUUACUGGGCGACCUGGUCAAUCGUACUAAUCUUGCUCCUCUUGGACAUUGUGAUGAGACUUGUCAUGAUCGAGAAUCCAAGCAAAAGAUCAAAGAAGGCCAAUACUGACAACGGUGAGCGUGGAGCCUUGCGUGAUGACACCCAAGAUCCCAGCAAUGCACCAUGCAGCAGGAGUGGGCAGAUAGACAGUAUGACUGAGGACACUGCGUUACUUGCCACUCCUCAUGCGCAGCUCAACAGAUCUACAACGUCUGGAAAAGUCCAGGGUGUCUCAGCUGGAUCCUUCUACCGAAUUAUCCUGGGACAGCCGAGAGUCAUUGUUGCGCUGUUGAGCUAUAUGACACAUUCCUCCCUAGUUGCUAGCUACAACACUACUCUUCCUACCCAUGUAAGACAAACAUUUGGGUGGGGAAGUUUAGCUACUGGUCUUUUGUUUGUCGGUCUCCAAGCCCCAGCGAUUGUUUUCAGUCCCAUCUGUGGCUGGCUACGAGACAAAGUGGGUACCCGCGUGCCAACAUCCGUAGGCUUCAUACUCCUAGCCCCGCUGCUCUGGCUCCUCGGGGUUACCGAUCAAGUGCACCAUCAUUGGGUUAGCUCCAAAGAUCAAGCCAGUCUACUAUAUGUCGUGUCGAUCAUCACCAUAGGAUGUGUCCAGAAUUUGCUGACAAGUGUCGGUACGAUUGAGAUUACUUGCACGGUUGAUGAGUUGGAGUCGAAGCAUCCAGGGAUAUUUGGUCCCAAUGGUGGGUACUCGCGCGCUUACUCACUGUCCAAUAUAAGCUUCACAAUGGGUUUACUUGUUGGACCACUUUUGUCGGGGUCUUUAACAGACGCCUUUGGAUAUUAUUACAUGAACUCGGCAUUGGCAUGUAUUUGCGUGGUUCUGUCACUUCUGACCAUCACUUUCUUGAGGGGAAAAUCAAUCCCACGGAGUUCUAAGAGCAACAAUGUAGAUGAAACACUAACUGCCUAA